AUGCUUGAAACUAUUUAUUUGUCUCGAACUUCAAGAUUUUCAAAGUUAUUAGAUAUCAUCGGAUCGUCACUAGGUAGUCUAUUCUGGAUGAUUAUUUCUGAAUCCUCUUCAGGAUUGGGAUUAAUUUUAUUAUCUUUGAAACUUGCAUCUUCUAUAAUCUUAAACACUAAGGCACAUUAAUACUUUAAUUCAUUAAGAUUAACUGGAACAAGAUACUUUGAUGAUAACUGGUUCUACUCCGGAGCUGGAUAGAGAAAACUUACUCAUGUUACAGAUCUUAUAGAUUCAGCUAUAUUUCUUAGAGAGAAGAAUCUAGCUCCAAAGAUAGGUCUUAUGGGUUCAGGCGAGAGUGGCUCAAUCACAGCUCUUUCAUCAGUAUUUAAUGAACCUAUACUAUUUGAUGCUGUUGUUGCUCAUAAUCCAAUUACUGACUUAGUGAAUCAUCUGUUUCAUGAUUUUGAGAACAUUAGUCCAAACAUCUCUCCUUAAGAAUUCGAAAGAAGAAAGUUUUAAGCCAUUUAAGAAUACGGAAACAUCUAAAAUUUUGAUACUUAUGAAUCAUUACUAAGCUUGAGUCCUUAUCAUUUGCCAAUCAUUCCAGAGUAUAGCUUCUUAACAGACUUGCUCGUUACAGCCGAUGAAGAGCACAGACUUAAUUAUCACUCAAGGAAGUUAAUCUGUAAGCUUCGAGAACUCAAAUAAAAAGAUAAAACUUUCGUAUUCUUCAGAGAAUUCCCAGAAAAGUAAUACAAUGAAGAUGAAAAGAGUGCUAUAUAAUACUCAUUCUUAAUAAAUUCCUUGUUAUUUAGAUGA